CCCGCUCGCCCGCCCCAUCGACCACUCACAGCCAGCCCUCCCUGGCACAGGCCAUCUCGCUGUUCCUCUCUUGGCCCCCCCCUUUCAACGUCAUGUCUGACCACCACCCGCACCACCCCGAGAGCACCCCCAUGGACGGCUCCUCCGGCACAGUCUCGGCCCUGCCAGGCGGCGCACUCGAUGGACCCACUCUCGCCAAUCUCCCGGAUUCGCAGCAGCAGGUCAACAGCAUGGUGGCGGCGUUCUGGGAGGAGCAAGUGAAGAUCAUGAACGAAGGCAAGCAUGACUUCAAGUUCCACCAGUUGCCGCUGGCUCGCAUCAAGAAAGUCAUGAAGUCUGACGAGAACCUCAAGAACAUGAUGAUCAGCGCCGAGGCGCCACUUAUUUUCUCAAAGGCGUGCGAGAUUUUCAUUCUGGAGCUCACGAUGCGCACCUGGAUCCAUGCCGAGGAGAACAAGCGCCGCACGGUUCAGAAGAGCGACGUCGCUUCCGCCGUUAGCAAGGCCGAUGUUUAUGACUUCCUGAUCGAUAUUGUUCCUCGCGAGGAAGCCACCAAGCCCUCGACCUCCAAAGAACCUGGAAUGAGCCAAUUUGCCAACUACUAUCCCCCCAACGCGCCCGCUUAUGGUGUGCCGAUGGGUGCGGCGGAGCAGCAACACAUGCUCCUCUCCGGGUUUCCGGGCAACCCUCAGUUCCCUCGCCAAAUGUACAGCAAUGACGACCACGGACCAGGCGGUGUCGGAGUCGGCAGUUCGCACGAUAAUGCACAGCAGUUCUAUCUGCAGCAGUACCAGCAGCUGCCUGGUGCAGACCAUACCAAGGCGCACCAUCACCCGGCACAGUACGGCCGAGGUCUCCACCCCUCACAACACAUGGCUCCGCAACAUCACCCUGGUGGCUACCCCACUGGCGAUGGCAACCCGCCCGACUCCAAAGUCUAGAUUGCAGCCCAACAGGUCCAACCGAUCGGAGAAACCCUCUGCCCAGCCAGUGGACGGCCAUUUUGGAUGGGGGCGCUUCGCAUUGCUGUCCACUUUCCCGGUGUAUUUCUCAGGCGUGAUAUAUUCUUUCGAUUCCCUCCCGCGUAUCAGUAGCAUCUCCAGGAAGGAGACGAAGGGAGGGAGCGUGGGCCAUCUGGAUUGCGUGCGGCAUGGACGUGGUUCUUUGGCAGCUCGUAUCGAUGGAGCCUCGUUUGGGCCGCCUCUGCGGCUGUUGCUGCCAUCAUUGGCUGAUGGCGGGCUGCUGAGCAACACGGCCCUGAAUACAGAGUCCAUAUCCACGCUG